AUGUCUCUGGAUGAUACAUUAAAAGUUAUAGCCUGCUAUGUCUCGGAUGUCAAGCCUGAUCCCGACGAUGCUUCAUAUUCCAGGGAACAACAGAAGAAGUUAUCGGCCCUCGAGAUGGAUUUAUCAGCUGAGAGGCACGAAGGUUUCAUUUCAAAGGAAAGAUCGGAGGGUGACGGUACUCGUUCUAAUAGAAGGCUUUUAGCUGUUAUAGGUAUCAUCACAACAUUCAGACGAAAGAAAAAUAGAGACGUGAUCCGGAAAGCAUCGAUGCGAUCCGGUAAUGCCUUCCUUUCUCUUGACAUUGCAAGAGUUUCAGUCAGACAUGUUUAUGCUGAUUCUCAAUUGAGUUGCCUCCUAGGUUUGUUUAGCUGUAAAUUAGAAGGCUGCAAUCAGGCAUGGUUACCUAUAUCGAUAAAGAAGAGAAGAGAAUCGUCGUCUCAUCAGAAUCAUGUCGAGGCACCCGAGGAACGUUUGAAGAAGAUAAAACUUCUCUUUGUACAUGCUGUGGAGUGCUGGGAUGCCGAGUUCUAUGUUAAAGUCAAUGACGUUGUUUGA